GUUCUUUCAAGGCUUUAGUUCCGGGAAGCGUUGCCUCGUCAGCUAAGAAAACUCGCUGAUUGGAAGCUUUUCAGAGUUAUAACAAGAACUUUCAGCGAGUAAAAAACUUGAGAUUUGACGAAUUGCAGAGAAGAAAGCAUGGCUCAACAACAACCUCCUGACGUGGAGAUGGCGGCUGCUGACCCCUCAAAUACACCGCAAACCCAGCCGAUAGCAGCAAACCAGGUCCAAAAUGAAGCAGGCGGUUUUGUUUGGAAAGUGGAUGAUAUGGAGAGGUUUCGACGUUUUCUUGUGCUCGGAAGCGAAGGAGGUACGUACUAUGCGACGGAACAGAAACUCGGGCAAGAAAACGCUCAAGCAUUGUUGCGGCUAAUCGGUGAAGGUCGGGGCCCCGAAGCUGUAAAAAUAAUUGUCCAGUACAGCACGGAGGGUCGUACAGCCAAGCAAGACCCGAUCAUCCUGUCUUUAGCUUUGUGUGCCCGCUCAACCCAUUUGGAGACCAAGCGAGCCGCUUACGCCGCUCUCAGCCAAGUGUUACGAAUUCCCACGCACCUCUUUAAUUUUGUCGAGAUUUGUGAAACACUGAGCAAGCCACAAACAGGAUGGGGCCGAGCGCACAGAAAAGCAAUUCAGAAGUGGUAUACUGGAAAGAAACCACGAGGUCUUGCCGUGGCUGUAACCAAGUACAAACAGCGUAAUGGAUGGUCUCACCGUGACCUGUUUCGACUAUGCCACGUAAAGCCAACAGACCCGGCCAUUCAGUUCGUUGUGAGGUAUGUGAUUAAAGGUUUUGAGGCCGUACAGGCUGACGCGGCGGCAGCUGGUGUUGGCCAGGAUAUCACAUCGGUGUUCACCUUCUUGAGAGGGGUUGAAGAAGCGAAAACAAUGAACGAAGACGAUUUGGUGAACGCCAUCAGGGAACACGGUUUAGUGAGAGAACAUCUUCCCACAAACCAUCUCAACUCUAGUAAGAUCUGGGAAGCUCUCCUUGAAAAAAUGCCCAUGACUGCCAUGAUUAGAAAUCUUGGUAAAAUGACAAAUGUUGGGGUCUUGGCACCCUUGUCAGAUGGAAUGACCAAGGUCUGUGAGAUGCUAAGGAAUGAGAAGAGUCUUAAGGAUGCACGUGUUCACCCAUUCUCCAUCCUGUUGGCUCUGAAGCAGUACCAAGCAGGUCAAGGUGAUAAAGGAAAGCUUACUUGGACUCCUAACCAAGCCAUUGUGACAGCAUUAGAUGAAGCAUUCUACCUCGCUUUCAAGACUGUUCAGCCCACUAAUAAGAGAUAUCUUUUGGCCAUUGAUGUCAGUGGAUCAAUGUCGUGGGGUAACUGUAAUGGUACAACCAUAACUCCCAGGGUGGCAUCUGCUGCCAUGGCGAUGCUUACUGCACGUACUGAACCACAGUAUCACUUUGUUGGCUUUUCUCAUCGUCUAGUACCUCUGAGUAUUAACUCCACCAUGAGAAUGGAUACAGUCUUAAGAACCAUCGAGCAGGUACCAAUGGGGGGAACUGACUGUGCUCAGCCCAUGAUCUACGCUAAACAAAACAACCUCAAAGUGGAUGUGUUCAUUGUUUACACGGACUGUGAAACGUGGGCUGGACCUGUGCACCCAAGUGAGGCCCUCAAGCAGUACAGAGUACACUCUGGUAUUGACGCCAAGCUAAUUGUGUGUGCAAUGACCUCCAAUGGCUUUACUCUGGCGGAUCCUGAGGACAGAGGAAUGCUUGACAUGGCUGGGUUUGACUCAGCUGCCCCAGACAUCAUCAGGCAGUUUGUAGAAGGCUUCUGAACAUACCCUAGCACCUGUAGUAGGAAUGCAAACCAGUCUACCAGUGUUACCUUCAACAGGCAGUAGUGUGCUUAUAUCUGUGGCACUAUUCUUGUUGUAAAUAUUUUACGAGCAUUUUGUAGACUGCACUGUCAGUGGUAAAUUAGUUUUUGUUUUGUUCACAUGUGGCACAAAGCUAAUAUUACAUCUACAUCCUUCCAUACGUGGAGGCAUUGUGUGUUUCUGAUAUUUGGAGUAAGUGUUGUUCCUUGCAUUGUACUGGGUCAGCACUAACUUAGAGAUUGAAAGGAGACUUAAAGAAACUGGUAUUACAUGAGCUCUACGUGCCAUAGUAAGCUCUUAUUGGGUGAAUUCCAUUGAUCAUAGUAAGUAUAACCAAUAACAUUUUUAUCUUGUAGUAAAGUUGUACUUUCCUAACUCCCACCUGUAGUGUGUGUAAGGUGAAAUAAAAAUAAUUUUUUCAGCCCCA